UUUCAUCUGGUAACUGACGUCAGGACAGUUUAAAAAAAAUAUUCAUGCCUUACGAGUCAAUUUCACGCAAUGUUUCCUGGGCGACAGAUCACCCGAAAACAGGAGCCGAGGCGAAGAUCAGCGGGAGAGUGAAAUGUUUGGAAAGAGCGCGAUCGGAAGCUGAGAUCAGAGGCGGGCGAGGAAGGAGAAAGUUUCUUGUUGUUGGGUCGAGAGGCUGAUAAUGAGACAGCCCGCGGCUGUAGCAGCAGCAGCAGCAGCAGCAGCAGCGAGAGGCUGCCCCGCCGAGCCCCAGCACUGAGCCCGCAGCAGCAGCAGCAGCAGCAGCGAGCAGCAGAGACGCGGACACACUCACACACACAGAGGCAGAGAGACAGCGAGCGGCGCUGCGAAUGAAUGAAGAAGAAGGUGCAGUGAUCACGGCGUGAGCACGGGAUACAACACACACACAGACACACAUAGUGCGGGCAGGGCAGCAGCCCCCGCAGCCUCUGUCUGACAGCCCCUUCCACUCACAAUAAACUCGGCGCUGCUCACAGAUUAUGGCGGUGAAAACGCCUGCACAGGGCACCGGAGUCUUGCUGAUCACAGCCAACGUCGGCUCCCUGUUUGAAGAUCCGGAAAACCUACAGAAGAAUUGGCUUCGGGAAUUUUACCAGACUGUGCACAUACACAAGCCUCACUUUAUUGCAUUGCAUUGCCAAGAAGUUGGAGGGAAGAAUUAUGAAGCCUCGAUGUCCCAUGUUGACAAGUUUGUGAAAGAACUGCUAUCAAGUGAUGAAAUGAUAGAGUAUAACAGAGCACGAGUGUACUUGGAUGAAAAUUAUAAAUCACAAGAACAUUUCACGGCUUUAGGAAAUCUUUACUUUCUUCAUGAGUCUUUGAAAAAUACCUAUCAAUUUGAUUUUAAAGCUAAAAAGUACAAAAAAGUAACGGGUAAAGAAAUCUACUCAGAAACAUUAGAAAGCACACCAAUGCUGGAAAAGGAAAAGUUUCCACAACAUUACUUCCCUGAGGUAAGCUGGUCCAGGAGGAAGUUCAUCAGAACACGAUGGAGUGUCACUGAUUGUGCCUUUGACUUGGUGAACAUUCAUCUUUUCCAUGAUGCUUCCAAUUUAAUUGCUUGGGAAACAAGCCCAUCUGUCUACUCAGGCACCCGACAGAAAGCUCUCACUUAUGUGCUCGAUAGGAUCACGGACCAACGAUACGAGAAGGUGCCGCACUUCCUCUUUGGCGAUUUUAAUUUCAGGUUGGAUUCGAAAGGUGUUAUAGAGACACUCUGUGCAUCAGCAACAAUGCAAACUAUUCGAGCGGCAGACACCAACCAAAUAAACAAGCUAAUUUUCUGUGAAUCAAUGAACGAUCGGAAGGUUAUGCUUCAACUAGAAAAGAAGCUUUUUGAUUAUUUUAACCAAGAUGUAUUUCGGCAAAACAAUGGCGUUGAGCUUUUAGAAUUUGACAGGGAGUUUUCGGUAUUUAAAGACAAGUUGAGUGAACAAGAGAUUUCAUUUCCACCCAGCUAUCCGUACAGUGAAGACUCAAAUCAGGGAAAGCAAUACAUGAAUACAAGGUGUCCCUCAUGGUGUGAUCGGAUUCUUUUGUCACAUUUGGCAUGGGAUCUUAUUCAUAAGGCUGAAAAUGAUGAGAAGUCGGUUAUCUAUGACACCAUUGGACCAAAUGUUUGCAUGGGGGACCACAAGCCUGUCUUCCUGUUCUUUCGAAUAGCUGCAGGGGCAGGUAAAAAGUAUCAAAGAAAUGAGAAAAUCUUUCGAGAAACUACCCUCUAGUCUGCCUGCAGCAAACAAAUGAAAGUGGACAAGCAGGGAAAUCGGAACACUCACAGACAUCUUUGUAAUUCAACCAAUGUUGAUAUUGUAUUUCUUGGGCCUUCACCUCAGACUGUUCAUCAUCCAUUCUGCUUUGACACCUGCAGUCUGUUCAAGACGACCACACAUACCUCACCAUUUCGUACAUUCCUGUGACACUUGAAUUAAAUGUGGGACAAUUUUAAAAUGUGUCACAGAUUUGUUGCCAAACGCUAAAGUAGAAUUUACUACACCUUUUAAAUAUCUCACAUUUAUAAUGUUUAGCAGAAAACAUUGUCCGUCUUUUAACAAAAGAAACGGUUUCCUUAUGUAUAAAAUGUAUGAAGUGCAAUGCGAAAAUUGUAUAUCUAUAUUGUACUAGAGAGGUUUUUGUACAUUCGAUUGUAUAGGUAGUGGAAUUCCUUUCAGUAAUGGUUUUAUCGAGAUUUCUCUCACCAUUUCAUGUCUGUGUUAGGCUAGUUAGGUAUUUUUUUUGUUUUGAUGAUCCCUUAUUCUACAUAUUGCCAUAUUAUUUUGUUUUGAAUCACAGUUUAGCUGCUCUUCAGGUUUACAUCCACUUAAAAAAGAAAACCAACAUACCAUCCUUCCAACUGCCCCAUGCAUAUCCUUUUGUAAAGAUAGGCUGCUUGUCAUCUGAUACACCAACUAUUAAUUAUUGAUAACAAAUCCAACAUGUCCAUAUCCAUUAGCCAAUAUCAAUCCAUAAAUUCUCGACCAAAUUAUACUUUAGAUAAGACUAUGCCAUUGUUGAUAAAGUAAUCUGAUUUCCUAUAACCACACCAAAAUAGCAGCCUGUCUGUGUUAAGUUCUACUAUUCUAAUUUAUUCCAAAAUAAUGCCAAGUUUUCGUGAAAUUUCGUAGGAUGGAAAUCAUGAGACUUUUUGUAAACUAUUUGUCUAUUUUUGUUACUGCAUACGGUGGACUAUCUAUGGACAGCGUUUAGAUGGGAAUAUUUCCUUCUGCUAAUAGCUUGCUACAUGUGCUUCAAUGGAUUGUAUAUAAGCCCCUUGAAACCUAAAUUUGCAAAAUUCGUAAUCUACCGCCAAUAUUUAAUCUCCAGCGCUAAUAUUGCAAAUUUUACACGCUGCUUUCUUUACAGCAUUAAAAGAUGAUUAGGUCCGGAGAUGGGAAACACAGCCAAUAGCGAGCCGUUCCUUCUAUCGAUUUAAUUUAGUACACUACAAAGUUCACAAGCUACUUGAUGGCAGUGGAUUGAUGCGUGUUUUCGUAUAAAUCACUACGAUUGGAAAUGAUUUUGUGUCUGCCGGCAAAAUUAAUGCGCCCGUGACCAUGAGAUCAUUCUCGUUUGUGGACAAAGUGUAAACAAAAAACAGUGUGCAGCCAAGCUGUACCAAGGUGCCCAUAUAUCGAUAGCCACCCAACUGUAAACUAUUUUAUUAAAUCAAAGAUUCAACUUAUGUGACGUUUAUGGGCUAUAGAAAUAAAUGUCUUUGUUUCUCAAACAA